UUGCAGAUACUUUUGAAUCAGCAGGAAAAUGUCCUCUAAAUUACGCCUAGCUCUGGUGCAGCUAGCUGUCGGCAAAUCAAAGUUGGAUAAUGUGACUCGAGCUGUGCAGAAGAUAAAGGAAGCUGCUUCUGAAGGAGCCCAUUUGGUUGCCCUGCCUGAGUGUUUCAACUGUCCUUAUGGCACACAAUACUUUGCCGAAUAUGCAGAACCAGUCCCGGGUGAAAGCACCGAAGCCAAAGGAAGCGGCAAGGAGAAUGGGGUGUACGUUGUAGGAGGCUCAGUCCCAGAGUCAGAUGGGGGAAAAUUUUAUAACACGUGCACUGUCUGGGGGCCAAAGGGGGACCUCCUGGCCAAGCAUCGGAAGCUCCACCUGUUUGACAUAAACGUCGAAGGGGGAAUAUGCUUUCGCGAGUCCGAUGUCCUGUCACCCGGAAACAGUUACACAACCUUUGACCUCCCACAAUGCAAAGUGGGGAUCGGCAUCUGCUACGACAUUCGAUUUGCCGAGAUGGCCCAGGUCUACAGCAAAAUGGGUUGCAAACUCUUGUUGUAUCCAGGAGCCUUCAACAUGACUACAGGCCCUGUGCACUGGGAGCUAUUGCAAAAAGGACGAGCCCUUGACAAUCAGGUGUACGUUGGUACCAUUUCUCCUGCACGUGAUACAUCUGCCACUUACAUUGCCUGGGGUCACUCCACCUUGGUCAGUCCAUGGGCAGAUGUUGUAGCAACUACAGAACAUGAAGAAGGGAUUGUAUAUGCUGAUUUGGAUAUGGAUUACGUACAAAAAGUCCGUCAGAUGGUUCCCCUCGGUGUCCAGAAGAGGAAUGAUAUGUACGAAAUUGUUACCAAGAAAUAACUUACUCCUCAGUUUAAAAAUGAAUGAAUAUAAUACAUUUUCCUAAUCCACAGUGCUCAGUGCUAUGAUUAAGUUUAGUUAUAUAGAGAUACAGUGUUGAAUAACUGCUUUGUACAUACAUGCUAUAAAAGGUAUAUUUUUAAUAGCUAUGUAGAUAUCUCUAUUAUGAUAUUAUGUCAUAAAAGAAAGUUAGCAUUGAAAAUGGCUGAUUUCAAAACUCCAGUAGCAUUUCAAACAGCAAAGCUUCACUAACAAGUAUAGAAGAUAUAUGCAUAUAUUCCAAGAU